CCUAAUCACCCUCCCAUUUCCCUACUAUAAUCCCACCCCUAGCAAAGUAACCACUCCCUUAAACCCAAGCCCCGCCUCGCCCAUGGACUCCUCCGGGUCCGCCUCCGCGUACAAGCUGCAGCUCGCCUUCGCGGCGCUGGUGGGCGCCUCCGCGGCGGCGGCCGCCGCCUACUACCUGCACUGCCGCGCCGUCGCGCAGGUCGGCGGCGACCUCGCCCGCUCCGCCUCCGCCCGCCUCCGCCGGCCCCGCGCCGCUGCAGGCGGCGGCGGGAAGCCCCCUCCCCCGCGCCGCGCUGCUGCGGGCUACGCAUCGCUCCCCGACCUCUCCGCGUUCUACGGCGGCGGCCCCGCGGCCGUUGGGUACCUCGUUGAGGAGGAGGAGGAGGAGGAGGAAGGGGCAGUGGGGCCGCACGCGAACGGUGGCGCGCUUGAUACCGCCGCCUUCCUGCAGAUCCCCCAGGGGUUGCCGAGGCUGCACGUGGGCCCCGACGGCAAUAGACAACUUGUCCGCUCAGGUUCAAACAGACGGGUUGGAAUAAUUAGACCAAAUUCACCCAAGUCCCCUAUAGCUAGUGCAAGUGCUUUUGAGAGUGCAGAUGGAUCAGAUGAGGAUGAUGCUACACAGAAUGGUGGUAAACUUGACAAUGGCUACUUGAACACAAAUGGGAACCUUGAAGGAGAGCACAAAGGAAAUGAAAUUGUGGAAAAAGUGGCUGCAACGCCAUUGGCUGCAGCAAACAUGAUACGAUCUCAUAGUAUAUCCAAUGAUCUUCAUGCAGUUCAACCUGAUCCAGUUGCUGCAGAUAUUCUUCGAAAAGAACCUGAGCAAGAAUCAUUUAUCAAGCUGUUAACUGCUCCAAAGGAGAUUCCAACUCCUGAUGAAAUUGAGGUCUUCAAAAUCCUUCAGAAGUGUCUUCAGUUAAGAGAGUGUUAUCUAUUUAGAGAAGAGGUUGCUCCAUGGGAGAAGGAAGUCAUAAAUGAUCCCUGUACUCCAAAACCUAACCCCAAUCCAUUCACUUAUGUGCCGGAACCAAAGUCAGAGCAUGUUUUCCGAAUGGUUGAUGGCGUUGUCCAUGUGUAUGCGGAUAAAGACUAUAUGGAGAGAAUUUAUCCUGUGGCUGAUGCCACAACCUUCUUCACUGACUUGCAUUAUAUUCUCCGGGUGACUGCUGCAGGAAACACAAGAACCGUCUGCCAUAAUCGGUUGAAUCUUCUAGAGCAUAAGUUCAAAUUCCAUCUGAUGUUAAAUGCGGAUAGGGAGUUUCUUGCCCAAAAGACUGCACCACAUCGUGACUUUUACAAUGUCAGGAAAGUUGACACUCAUGUUCACCACUCAGCAUGCAUGAAUCAGAAACAUUUGUUGAGGUUCAUAAAGUCCAAACUCAGAAAAGAACCUGAUGAGGUUGUCAUUUUCAGAGACGGUACUUAUAUGACUUUGAAGGAGGUUUUUGAGAGCUUGGACUUAACUGGGUAUGACUUGAAUGUUGAUUUGCUAGAUGUCCAUGCGGACAAAAGUACGUUUCACCGUUUUGACAAAUUCAACCUUAAAUACAAUCCAUGUGGCCAAAGUAGGCUCAGAGAGAUUUUCCUUAAACAAGAUAAUCUCAUUCAAGGACGUUUUCUUGCUGAGCUGACAAAGCAAGUUUUCUCUGACCUUUCUGCUAGCAAAUAUCAGAUGGCAGAAUACAGGAUUUCAAUCUAUGGGAGGAAGCAAAGUGAGUGGGAUCAACUUGCGAGUUGGAUAGUGAACAAUGAAUUGUGUAGUGAAAAUGUUGUCUGGUUGGUUCAGAUUCCACGCUUAUAUAAUGUGUACAAGGAAAUGGGUAUUGUUACAUCAUUUCAGAAUCUUCUUGACAACAUUUUCCUUCCUCUGUUUGAGGUUACCAUCGAUCCAGCUUCACACCCGCAGCUCCAUGUCUUCCUAAAGCAGGUUGUAGGGUUGGAUUUGGUUGAUGAUGAAAGUAAACCUGAAAGGCGCCCAACAAAGCACAUGCCGACACCUGAACAAUGGACCAAUGUGUUCAACCCUGCAUUUUCAUAUUAUGCAUACUACUGCUAUGCUAACUUAUACACACUGAACAAGCUGCGUGAGUCAAAGGGGAUGACCACUAUCAAAUUUCGUCCACAUGCUGGCGAGGCUGGAGACAUUGAUCACUUGGCUGCGACAUUUCUUUUUUGUCACAACAUAUCACAUGGAAUCAAUUUAAGGAAAUCUCCUGUGCUGCAGUACUUAUACUAUCUUGGUCAGAUUGGUCUGGCAAUGUCUCCAUUAAGCAACAACUCUUUGUUUCUUGAUUACCAUCGCAAUCCUUUUCCGAUGUUUUUCCAACGAGGUCUGAACGUCUCACUGUCAACGGAUGAUCCAUUGCAAAUUCACCUGACAAAAGAACCUUUGGUGGAAGAAUACAGCAUCGCUGCUUCGCUGUGGAAGCUCAGUUCCUGUGACUUAUGUGAAAUUGCGAGAAACUCUGUUUAUCAAUCAGGGUUUUCACAUGCUCUCAAGGCACACUGGAUUGGCAAGAGCUACUUCAAAAGAGGCCAUUCUGGAAAUGAUAUUCACAAAACAAAUGUGCCAAACAUCAGGGUUGAGUUCAGGGACAUGAUCUGGAGAAAUGAAAUGAAGCUGGUUUACCUAAACAACGUCAUCCUACCUGGAGAGCUGGACCCGUAAAACGUCCCCUAUAUCCUGUAGUCGCCAUGUCGCUGGAAGUCAGGUUGAGAAGUGAUGCGAUGGACAGUGUUUCCAAGUUCCACUGGGCAGAACUUCCAAAACGAAUAGUGCCGGGAGCACACCAAAUGAUACAAAACCUAAAGAAUAAUGCGGUGAAGCGAAGCGGCUCACAGGUGUGCUAGGUUUGUGUUACAAGGAGGCAAGUAAUACAUGGCAAGAUGUAAUUGACCUCCCCCCCUCUCCCCCCUCAUCUGUAAAGGACGUGCGAAUAAAGUGAUGCCGCUUGUUUUGCUUCCAAGGAAAGAUGUGUAACACCAAAAAUAGAUAUGAUAUGUUGCUUAGGGUGCAUUUGGUUGAAGGGUAAGAUUGGGUGGGAUAUGGUCAUCUAUGUUGGGUAUCUAAUUUUUUGUUUGGUAGCAUAGAUUUGUUGAUCUAAUUUCUUAUUUGGGUGGAUAGAAUUUGGAUUGAGUUAGCUAAAAUUUUAUGUGAUCCGUUUGUCAUAUAUUUAGUUUUUUAUUAAAAUAUA